AUGUCGGUGAAACAAGCAGCCUCCCUAGAUGAUGCCACCUCGUGGUCCUUGAAGGCUGAUCCCUCUGACCCACUCAAGGACCGGCUCCAGCAGUGUUCCGUAGACCCAGAGGAAGAUGAAAGGAAAAGGACGAGAAGGGAAAGGAAUAAAAUUGUAACCACCAAGUGCUGGAACAAGAAUGAGGAGAAGACGGAGUGCCUGCAGAAAGAGUCAGAGAAGCUGGAGAGUGUAAGUGCUGAACUGAAGGCCCAAAUUGAGGAGCUCAAGAAUGAGAAGCAGCAUUUGAUACACAUGCUGAACCUUCACCAGCCCACGUGUAUCGUCUGGGCUCAGAACAGGCAGAGUCUAGAAGAUGAGAGAAACCUCUUUAUCCAACAGAUAAAAGAAGGGACAUUGUAGAGGUAAGCAGCCUGGUUUGGGGGCAACUGGGGAGUCCUUAUCGAAUCCUCCUUUUACACCCAAAACCCUGAAGCCACUGGAGAGCUGACUUCCUGUGUACCUCUAGAAUCCCAGCAGGAGAGAAGCAUUGAGGCGAGAGGGCCCAUGGUGACUCAGCUGGGCCUUUCCACUCUGCCCAGGGUGGACUUUGGCCUAUGGCAAGCAUAUCUUUUGCCUCAACUCCAGGAUUCAGGCCUUAACAUCCUGGCCAUUCUCAGAUGUUCCAGAUGGCUCCUGGUUAGGGUCCUGCCCAGCUUUCAUCUGGAUUCUGCAAAAACCAGGAUGCCCACCAUUAGAAUUCAUGCAGAAGUGUGUAUACCUUGGAUGGAUGGGUUGGGUCAUCUAUGUCCACUGUGUCUGCCACUGUCACUUGUAGGAGUUGUGGAGUGAGGACAGCAUUUAGCCAAGUUGUGCAGUGGCCAGAGUUGUGCUUUCUAGCAAAUAUACUGUUGUGUGUGGGAAUUACUGUGUGCAAGGCUUUUGUUUCAAAACUAGGCACUGUGCUCUUUUGAUGUCUGUUUCGCACAGCACUGGUGUGACAUUUACGUGAUUUUCCUCAGAUCUGGUUUCUGAGAGUUUGGGGGAUUGUCACCAUGUGCAGUGUCUCACAGAAUGUUCAGGUGGCCAGAAAAACAUGUCAGCCCCUGGAGAACAUAAUCCUGCUGGUGUUAAUGCAAAACCCAUGGGCAGGACAGCAAGUCCUCUGUUGCAAACUCAGUUGCAACGUCACAGGAAGAAAGCAGAAAGUAAAUCCAACUUCCAAAGGGCUAGGACUCCACACUUAGUGACUUAGGUCAGGAGUCAUUUCUAGGCCGGAAGAGCCAAAGAAUACUCCAUUUUCCUUUCUUUGUGGUCGAAAACCACAGUCAGUGGAGACAAGUUUGAAGCCAGGUGAUGCCUGGGCUUUAGUAUUAUUGGAUGUCAAUGGCAUUAUUUUUGUCAUGUAGCUGUUUUAACAAAUCUGGUUCAGAGCAUUUGUUGCUGUGAGAAGUCACUCACACUGGCCACAAGGACUCUGGCUACUGUCUGUUAAAUUCUGAUGUUUCUGUGAAAUACUCAGAGUGUUAAAUCCUAUUCAAUAUUAUCAUUACAAUUUUCUGUAAGAGAAAAUAUCACUUAUUUAUCUGAGUGUUCCUGUCAAUAUAAUAAAUAUUGGAAAAUUUA